GGGAGAGAGGCAAAGCAGCAGCUAUCGCAAGAACAGCAGAUAUUGUUUUUGCUUCAUAAUUAGAAUUGUCUUCCAUUUUGCUGCAAUGCCAGCUGCGCUGUCCAAACACAUGACAUUCGAACAAGAUGGAGCAGACUGGAGCGAAGGUCACGAUGCAGCCAAAGAGCCUCAUCCAGGACUGCUCACCAAACCCUUGCCAUGCGGUUUAAGCGCCGCUGAGCUUUGCUGCUUUUGCUUCCAGGUGCUCCGAGCUCACUUGGAAAGCCUGCCACUUCCACGCUUCCCGGCGGAUCCCGGAUUCAAGGCUCCCUUAUUUGUGACAUGGUUGAAGCCUCGUCAAAGUGGCACCAAUGCUACGAGCACGUCCCAGCUGGAACUGCGCGGCUGCAUCGGGUGCCUCGAGCCCAUUCACUUCCACAGCGGCCUGACGGAAUAUGCAAUACGCAGUUCCAUGAAGGACAGAAGGUUUCCACCUGUGAGACUGGACGAAGUACCUUCACUGACGUGCAGAAUCUCCAUCCUUCAUCAAUUUGAGCCCUGCGCUCAUGCCUUCGACUGGCAAGUUGGCGUGCAUGGUGUGCUGCUCAAUUUCUCCGACUCGCAGGGAAGGCGUUUCUCGGCGACAUACUUGCCAGAGGUGGCCAAAGAGCACGGUAUGACCCGAGAAGUUGCCAUCCGCGAGCUUGUGGCCAAAUCUGGCUAUGCAGGCCCCUGCCAGGAAAUUCUGGACUUCUUGGAGGUCACCCGCUACCAAACGAUUGUGGAGAGUGUAUCCUAUCAAGACCUUGCCAGCUACGGCUUUGGCGGCCUGCCUCAUUUGAAUUCACCCUGAGGUGCAGGCCGUGAUGCUGAAGAGAGCUGCUGAAACAAGCUGCUUCUUGAUUCCCCAGCCAAAGGCUGCUUCUUCAUGUUGGGAAUUGUGCAGCUGUG